CUACAACAGCAGAGGGAGAACAGAGUGCAGAGCCUGGGAGGAGUGAGUACAGAUACCCAGAGUUUGUUUCGCUCACAUUGUAGAGAACACUAUAGUCCAUGAGCGAGGAGCGCUGCAAUCAAACCAACAGCAGGCUCAGGACUCCGGACAAGCGCGAGGAGCGCUGCUAUCAAACCAACAGCAGGCUCAGGACUCCGGACAAGCGCGAGGAGCGCUGCAAUCAAACCAACAGCAGGCUUAGGACUCCGGACAAGCGCGAGGAGCGCUGCAAUCAAACCAACAGCAGGCUUAGGACUCCGGACAAGCGCGAGGAGCGCUGCAAUCAAACCAACAGUAGGCUCAGGACUCCGGACAAGCGCGAGGAGCGGUUACCGCUUAGGGGACCCUGAUCACACAGCAGAAGAAUAACCUUCCUGCCCUGAGACUCUUCCUGGCUGCAAGGAGUUACUGGCUAUGUGCUGGACACGGAGCAGAGCUGCUAGUGUCAUGAGCUGCUAGUGCCAUGAUCUGAUGGUGUCUGCUAGUGUCACGAUCUGCUAGUGUCUGCUAGUGUGUGCUUCAGGAGUUAUGCAGUUCUGACUUCCGUCUCUGUCACAGACUUGUGUUGUCCCCAGCCUUUCACUAAACUUUGUGUGUCCCCGGGCUUUGCAGCCAUGUGUACAGCAGGGAAGCUCGCUGGUUCCGCGGUGCUGAUCCUCUUGGGGGUCUGUCUGUGUGCAGGGAUCAGCUCCAUAGACUCGGACCGGACUGGGGAUGGUAAAUGUCAGCCUAUAGAGAUUCCAAUGUGCAAGGACAUUGGCUACAACAUGACAAGGAUGCCUAACCUGAUGGGACACGAAAACCAAAAGGAAGCUGCCAUCCAGCUGCAUGAAUUUGCCCCACUGGUGGAAUAUGGGUGUCACAGUCAUCUCAAGUUUUUCCUGUGCUCCCUGUACGCACCGAUGUGCACUGAGCAAGUAUCUACACCUAUCCCAGCCUGCAGGGUAAUGUGUGAACAGGCCAGGCUCAAGUGCUCCCCAAUCAUGGAACAGUUUAACUUUAGAUGGCCCGAUUCAUUGGACUGCAGCAAGUUGCCUAAUAAGAACGACCCUAACUACUUGUGCAUGGAAGCCCCAAACAAUGGAUCUGAUGAGGCACCCAGAGGAUCUAGUAUGCUACCCCCUAUUUUCAGGCCACAAAGACCGAUUAAUAGCCCUGAUAUGCCACCCAAAGAAAUACCCAGCAGGACAGGCUGUGAAAACUCUGGAAAGUUUCACCACGUAGAAAAAAGUGCCUCAUGUGCACCACUGUGCACUUCUGGAGUUGAUGUCUACUGGAGCAAAGGUGACAAGAAGUUUUCUUUCAUCUGGGUUGCAAUCUGGUCCAUGUUGUGCUUCUUCUCCAGCGCUUUCACCGUUCUCACCUUCCUCAUAGACCCCCAGCGCUUCAAAUACCCAGAGAGACCCAUCAUCUUCCUCUCUAUGUGCUAUUGUGUGUACUCUGUGGGAUAUAUUAUCCGGCUGUUUGCAGGAGCAGACAACAUAGCUUGUGACAGAGAUAAUGGGCAGCUCUAUGUCAUCCAGGAGGGCCUGGAAAGCACUGGAUGCACCAUAGUCUUCCUUAUCCUCUACUACUUUGGCAUGGCCAGCUCGUUGUGGUGGGUCAUUUUGACACUAACCUGGUUCUUGGCUGCCGGAAAGAAGUGGGGACACGAAGCAAUAGAAGCAAAUAGCAGCUACUUCCACUUGGCUGCCUGGGCCAUCCCAGCUGUUAAAACUAUUAUGAUUUUAGUGAUGAGAAAAGUGGCAGGUGAUGAGCUAACAGGAGUGUGUUAUGUUGGCAGCAUGGAUGUGAAUGCUUUAACUGGAUUUGUUCUCAUCCCCUUAGCCUGCUAUCUCAUCAUAGGCACCUCUUUUAUUCUGUCUGGCUUUGUGGCUCUUUUCCACAUUAGGAGGGUGAUGAAAACUGGUGGGGAAAACACAGAUAAGCUGGAAAAACUCAUGGUCAGAAUUGGUGUAUUUUCUGUGUUAUACACUGUACCAGCCACCUGUGUCAUAGCUUGUUACUUUUAUGAACGCCUUAAUAUGAAUUUCUGGAAAAUAUUAGCAACUCAAAAUAAAUGUAAAAUGAACAAUCAAACCAAGACCCUAGACUGCACUAUGAAAAACUCUAUUCCAGCAGUAGAAAUCUUCAUGGUAAAAAUAUUUAUGUUGUUAGUUGUGGGCAUCACCAGUGGUAUGUGGAUAUGGACCUCUAAAACCUUACAGUCCUGGCAAAAUGUUUUCAGCAAGAGAUUAAAGAAAAGAAGUAGAAGAAAACCUGCAAUAGUCAUCACAACUGGUGGAAUCUAUAAAAAACCUCAGCACCCGCAGAAAAAUCACCAUGGGAAAUAUGAGCCAACCUCACAGCCUCCCACCUGUGUAUGAGAAGAGGGCAAACUUCUCCCUACACGUUUAAAAAUGCACAAAGUAGCAAAGUGAACUAAAGCCUUGUUCUUUUUUUAUCACCCCAGCCUAGCAAGCCAAGGUAACGCAUCACUACUGCAUUAAAGACAAUUAGAUGAGGGUGCAUUUUCCCAGCAAUUGUUUUGUCAGUCAAAAAAGACUUCUUAAAAAAGCCUUACUAUUUUGAGGUCAGGUAUUUUAUCCAGAUAAAUAUGAGCUUAAGAGCUGCAUGUGACUGAACUGGGUUUUAAAAAGAACAUAGAAUUUGUUAAAGCAUAAGUUUAAUAGGCCUGAGGUAAAUACCAUUUAAGAAUUGCCAUCUGUUUGUAUAAAAAGUCCCUAAUUGUAUUAAGAAUUAACCCUUUAUGUUUCAGUGAGCAAUAAUGAUCUCCCUGACACUAGAAGGGUCUAUGCAUUUACCAUAUAUACAAACACACAUCCUUCAUCAAAAAGAUGUCCCUUUUUCUUAAAUGAAUGGGAUAUAAAGUGCAAUAACUUUUUUCCCCCCCCUACCAAUACUUUGAAAAAAGAGAGAACAAAUAUGUUGCUGUUUAUAAGGCAACAAAAGAGUUUUUUUUGUGACAAAAGAACUACUGAGGGGUCCGUCCCUCACAAACCCUUUAGUCUUACACUCGGUGGCUUUUUAAUGGUAAUCAGGCCAAAUGUUAUACACGUUGGGACUGUUUGUUAAAAAAGGAGAUGGAUCAAUUCAGAGGGCUUAUUGACUCUUACUAUUGUGAAACAAAUUCCAGUCAUGAAUAGAUCAAAAAAAGCACUAGAUACUGCAAAGGGAAACUUUAUAUUGUGUGUUGCUCUUUACUAUGCUGACCAUGCAUAGUUGUAAAAAGAUGUAUAUAUUUGUAAAAUACAAUUAUUUUUCACCUAUUACUAUUUUAUUAAAAAAAAUAAAAGAUGUUCUUUAGUUUGA